AUGGUGAAAGACUCGGUGGAUUUAGCCAGGAGAGCCUUUAACACAGGACUGUCCAAAGUCCUGCAGUACAGAGUUCAGCAUCUGCGAGCUUUACUGCAACUCAUCACUGAACGCCAGGCAGAUAUCAUAGCAGCUCUCCAACUGGACCUGCACAAGAGUGAGUUUGACACGUCGCUUUUCGAGCUCAUUGGUCUUGAGAAUGAAAUCAAGCUGGCACUGAGGGAACUGAGUGACUGGAUGCGUCCUGAGCCUGUGCGGAAGAAUCUCCUUACCCUGAUGGAUGAUGUGUAUAUUAAAUCCGAACCUUUGGGUGUGGUGCUGAUCAUCGGAGCCUGGAAUUACCCUUGGGCUCUUACCUUGGGGCCUCUCAUUGGAGCUAUUGCAGCAGGUAAUGCUGCUAUAGUGAAGCCUUCAGAACUGAGCAAGAACUCAGCCAGUCUACUGAAAGAACUGCUUCCUCAGUAUUUAGAUAAGGAGAUGUACCAAGUAGUGACUGGAGGAAUUCCAGAAACCCAGGAGCUGCUGAAGCAGCGUUUUGACCACAUCUUCUACACGGGAAGCAGCACAGUGGGAAAACUGGUUAUGGAAGCAGCUGCCCAGCACCUCACACCAGUCACUCUUGAGCUGGGAGGAAAAAGUCCCUGUUACAUCGAUCAGAACUGUGACAUUGCAGUUGCUUGCCGUCGAAUCACCUGGGGAAAGUUUGCUAAUUGUGGCCAGACGUGCAUUGCACCAGACUACAUCCUCUGCCAUCCCAGUAUCCAGAACAGCGUGAUUGAAGAGAUCCGUCAAACGUUACUGGAGUUCUACAAGGAGGACCCUAAAACAUCUCCAGAUUAUGGUCGCAUCAUCAACCAAAAUCACUUCGAUCGUGUGCUGGCUCUGAUGGAAGGAUGCAGUGUGGCUGUGGGGGGCGAUAGUGAUAAAUCACAGUGUUACAUUGCCCCUACUGUUCUGAAGGACGUUUCGCCCCAUGCCAGGAUAAUGCAGGAGGAAAUCUUUGGACCCGUGUUGCCAAUAGUAGCCGUUAGUGACAUCAGUGAGGCCAUUCAAUUCAUCAAUGAGAGAGAGAAACCUUUGGCUCUUUAUGUUUUUUCUUCUGACAAGAAGGUGAUCAAGCGAAUGCUAAAUCAGACGACCAGUGGAGGAGUGGUGGUUAAUGAUGUCAUAAUGCACUAUACAGUCAAUUCUUUACCCUUUGGAGGAGUAGGAAAAAGUGGAAUGGGCAGAUACCACGGCAAACACAGCUUCGAUCAGCUCAGUCACAAGCGCGCCUGCCUCGUCAAGUCUUUGGCGAUGGAGAGUCUGAACAAACCACGUUAUCCUCCACUGACGGCGUCCCGUCUCCGACAGGCCAGGUUCUUCCUUCUGAGUCGCUGUUGCAGCUGUAAACAUCUCUUGUGCAUCUGGGCCAUAACUGCUUCAGUUCUGGCUUUGGGUCUGCUUAUUGCGUUACUUGUCAACCUGUUUAAAGUUGACCAUCAAUUUACCUAAUUUUCACCUUGGAGUAAUUGUUUCUGAACAAUACGUUAAUAUUAGAACUCAGCCAGGAGGUGGCGUCAUUUCGCUACAAUAAAAUGCUUUAGUUUUAAUCUCAAUACACUAUUGGCUUAAAUCACUUAAUAUUCCCUAAUAACAUUUAGGGAACAUUUACGUCUAACAUUUUGCCACAGUUGAAGACAUUUACAUACACUUGGUCAGUUGUAAUCCAAGGUCCAUUUAAAACCUGUGUUAAACGGCCCUUAGUUGAACAUUACAUGACAUUGGUCUAGAGCAGUGUUUCUCAGCAUUUUUUCAGUCACGGCACCCUUUAAAAGUAUUCAAAAUCUCAAGUCACCCCAGUCUAAAAUGUAUUAAAAAACUUACACUCUGCCUCCCUCAGACUGCUAACACACAAAAACACUACAGGGAAGAGACGUACUGUGGUUGCAUUGCAUUAAGUUUCAGAAAAAUCCUCACUUGUGCAGAGAUGUGCCUGUGUUUGUUUCUGCUUUAAAACAAGCACCAUGAACCAAUCAGAUUUAACAUCAUUAAACAAGUUUAUAGUUUAUUUCUCAAUUAUUUGUCAUUAUACCACUAGCACUGCUCAUUGUCUGCAUGGUUUCUCUGUAGCUCGGUUAUGGCUCUCAAACUUAAACUCAAAAGAAGCUUUAUUGGCAUGACAAAUAAGGACAUUCGUAUUGCCAAAGCAAGUUGGAGAGAAAUAAUAAAAAUAACAAUAAGAAUGAACAAAUACAUACAAAACAGUUACAUGUGCAAAAAUAUAAAAUAGAAUAAAAUAUUAAUAA